AUGCUGAACCCUCUCAUCAAGCGGUCCCCGAGCGAACGCGGGCCCAAACAUGUCGACAGUGGUUUUCCGUACAGGCAAUUGGGCGUCUUGGCAAUAUGUCGCCUAUGCGAACCAAUCGCCUUCAUGUCGAUAUUCCCUUAUGCAUACCGCAUGAUUGAAUCGUUCAACAUCACCCAAGAUGAGUCGCAGAUUUCGGUCUAUGCAGGAAUGCUCAUUACGGCCUUUGCCUUUGCCGAGUUUUCUUCCGGAGUGGUUUGGGGCCAAGUUAGCGACCACGUCGGCCGCAAACCUGUCUUGAUCAUGGGUCUUGCUGGAACCGCCUUAAGCAUGAUAUGCUUUGGGUUUUCGCGCAAUUUGUCCAGCGCCAUUCUCGCCAGAGCCCUCGGUGGGAUCCUGAACGGCAAUGUGGGAGUGCUUCAGACCACUGUUGCAGAGCUCGUGACGAAAAAGGAACAUCAGCCUCGCGCAUAUUCCAUCAUGCCAGUGGUUUGGAGUAUUGGCUCCAUCAUUGGUCCCUCCAUAGGCGGUGCCCUGGCCAUGCCAUGCGAAUCCCUUGGGUUCCGUCGAGGCGGCCUGUUCGACAAGUUCCCGUUUUUGUUGCCCAAUCUUGUCUGUGUUGCGGUGCUCCUCUGCGGUAUCGCGGUUGGCGUCCUGUUUCUCGAAGAAACACAUACCGAGAAAAAGGACCCCCGUGACCUCGGCCCCGUGUUGGUCACCGCGCUCGCCGAACGCUCGGGGUUUGACAAGCUCCUCGCACUGCGUGGUAAAUUGGGCUUUCCUUCAGGAAACCACACGGACCCCUUCGACCAUCGCGGUCCACCUCCGGGUUACCGGAGUACGGAAAGCUCGCCAUUGCUGCGCUCAGCGUCAACGGAAGAGCUGGACCUGGAGAUGCUGCGGGAGAAAGAGAUACGCAGCGUGGUCAAGCCCUUCAAUAGGCAGGUGAAACUGAUCAUCUUCGCAUAUGCCAUUCUUGCCUACCACAGCGUUUCCUUCGACGCCUUGAUGCCCACCUUUCUGAGCGAAGAACGCAUGCAGACGAAGCCCGUACUUCCCUUCCGAUUCUCUGGAGGUUUCGGCAUGAGCACGCGAGCCAUCGGUUUCAUGAUGGCGGUGCAGGGCGUUUAUUCAAUCUUUGCGCAAUUCUUCAUCUUCCCCUACAUGGCCCGCCGCCUUGGCCCUCUCCAUGCGUCUCGGCUAGCGAUGACCAUCUGGCCUGUACUGUACUUUGCAGUGCCAUAUCUUGUGCUUAUUCCGGAACGUUUCCAGAGAACGGGCAUCUACGCCGCUCUUCUGACCAAAAUCACGUUCCAAGCGAUAUCAUUUCCUUCGAAUGCAAUUCUUCUUGCUAAUGCAGUCCCCUCCAAAAAGGUUCUCGGAAGAGUCAACGGCACUGCUGCAUCGAUGGCGUGCUUGGCUCGAGCCGGUGGGCCCAUUGUGACGGGCUUGGUACACACAGCUGGACUGAAACUUGGUUGCAGCGGUUUGGCGUGGUGGGCAGGCGGACUUGUCUGCGCCGCAGGAGCUCUGGAAAGCUACUGGGUGGAAGACCCCGAUGGACGCUCGGAUCGUCCUUCGAGCGAAGGAGAAGAACGCACCUGCGAGCCGAUAAUGCACCCUUCUGUUGUCGAAGGUGACGAAUGCGUCUCGCCUCGCAAUGAACGGUUGGCUUUCAUCGACGACCUGGAUCUUGCCGAGACCACACCGGAGAAGGCAUGA